GGGCCCCAGGGGCGGGACAUCCCUUUGUUAAAUACGUUAUAUCCCUAAUUUAACCGUUGUGAAUGUGUGUUGUUGUUGUCCUGUCUUCAAAGGUUUGUGGAACGCUGUUUGAGGUCAUGUUAGUCGCCUGUUAGCUUUAGCCGUACACAGCGUCCGCUCAACUUACAAAAAGAAACGUCUGCGCAUGAUAAUAGCCUGCUAAGUUAGCUAAGCUUACUAUCGAGCCUGAAGCAUGCCGAAUUUUUGCGCGGCCCCGAACUGUACACGGAAGAGCACGCAGUCAGAUUUGGCGUUUUUUCGGUUUCCGCGGGACCCGGAGAGAUGUAGAAUCUGGGUAGAAAACUGCCGCAGGGCCGAUCUAGAGGCGAAAACAUCAGAUCAGUUGAAUAAGCACUACAGACUAUGUGCCAAACACUUCGACCCAGCUAUGGUCUGCAAAACGAGCCCUUAUCGGACCGUGCUGAAGGAUACAGCUAUUCCAACAAUAUUUGAUCUAACAAGCCAUUUAAAAAAUCCUCACACCAGACAUCGCAAGCGGAUUAAAGAACUUACUGAAGAGGAUAUACGGAAGAUUAAAGAAAGGAGAUUGGCAUCUUCUGUUGAGCAGCUUGCUUCCAAAAAAGAUGCAGCUGAAGAUGGCACAACCACCAAUGAGGAUGAACCUCAGCUUUCCACAGAGGAGAAGGCAUUUCGGGAAUAUCUGAGGUCAUUGUUUGAAGUUGUGGUCAUGUUUGGAAAACAGAGCAUACCGUUAGCGGCUGUUAAAGCAUCUGAAGCUGAACUCAAGUCCGACAACUUCCAGGCCCUCCUAGAUUACCGUAUGAAUGCUGGAGAUGAAGCUUUGAAGAAGCGCUUUGAGGCAACGGCUGUGAACUCGGAAUACCUUUCCGCAAACCAGCAGAGUCAGCUCCUGGAUGUUUGUGAGAACACAGUGAGAGAGGAGAUGCUAAUGGAAGUGAGAGAGAGUCGCUUCUUCUCUCUAGUGACAGGUGACCUUGUGGAGUUUGCCAACGAGAAGCACCUUCCUCUGUUUUUACGCUUUGUGAAUCAGCAGAAUGUCCUCCGAGAGGAGUUUUUGGACUUUGUGCCAUUUGAUGGUGAUGAGCCUGCACUGGUAGAGAGACUGGAGGCCCAGCUGACUGAUCGCUGGGGGCUCAGCAUGGAAGACUGUCGAGGUCAGGCCCAUAAGGCCACUGGGAUUUCCACCACCAAGAUGAAAGCUGUAGCAGUAUUACUGAUGGAGAAAUAUCCCUUGGCAUUGCACAUGGCUUGCUCCCAUAUGGCACUGAACAUCCACCUGGCUAACAGCCUGCCAUUCCCCAAUGUCCAGGUGGUCAUGGAAACUCUGAGGAGGAUUGGUGCUUUCUUUAAAUCCCAGUUAACUCAGGAUGAGCUAGAGAACGCUGUCUCCACUCACUACCAGAAGAAUGAAGAAAAAGGAGCUGCGCUAGUACAAGCUUGUGGCCCAGGCUGGACAGAGCAACACAGUGUCUUUGAUGUGCUGCUGGAUAUGUUGCCACCAUUGCUGCUGUGCAUGAACAGCAUUCGGGACAAUGAAGACAGAAAGUUUGCUGCUUCUGUGGUAGCGGAUGCAUAUUCAAUAGCAGAAACACUUGCUGACUUUGAGAUCAUUGUGACCAUCGUCAUCCUGAAGAAUGUUCUUACCUUCACCAGAGCUUUUGGGAGGAACCUCCAAGGGGAAACACUCGAUGUGUUUUUUGCUGCCAACAGUCUAACAGCUGUCCUGCAUUCACUAAACGAGGUCAAUGAUAACAUUGACGUCUACCAUGAAUUCUGGUAUGAGGAGGCUGUGAGUGUGGCCACUGUGAUGGAAAUUCCUGUCAAAGUCCCGAGGCUGUUCCUACGGAAACAGCGUGCAGCUGAUGUGGGUGAAAUCCAAGCUGAGCCAUAUUUUAAGGAGUAUGUGACCAUGCCUGUAAUCCAUGGUAUCAUGCAGGAAGUGGAGGAUAUGUUCUCUGAGACCAACCUCAAAGCUCUUAAGUGUCUGUCGCUGGUUCCAGCUGUCAUGGGCCAAAUGAAGUUCAACACCACCGAGGAGAACUACGCAGAUGUUUACCGGAAUGACCUCCCCAACCCUGACACUCUACCUGCAGAACUUCACUGCUGGAGAAUCAAAUGGAAGCACAGAGGCAAAGAGGUGCGCCUGCCCACCACCAUCCACGAAACCUUGCAGCUCCCAGAUGUCAAGUUCUUUCCCAAUGUGAACUCCUUCCUCAAGGUGCUUUCCACCUUGCCAGUGCUGAAGCUGGAGGACCACAAAAGUGACACAGCAAGUGGACGACUCCAGGCUUACCUCGAUAGCAUGCCUGCUCAGCAGUGGAACAAAAGUCUUGCGAUGCUUAAUGUUAACACUCACGUCAAACAUGACCUGGAUGUCAUGGUGGACAAAUACUGCAGACUUUAUCCGGAGGAUGAUUGUGAAGUUGAUGCUGAGUCUGGGGAAGUAGCUGAAGAAGAGGCUGUGAUGAAAUGAUGUGACACACGACAGAACAGUUUGAAAUGAUUGCAUUUGGGGGGGCCGGGGGUAAACGUGGGAUAUAAGUACUAGUAAAUUUUAAUGGAGAUAAAGUGGCACUUGACAUUUGUUUUUGGAGAUAAGCUUUUACUGUAUUUUAGUCAAAUAAACAGAUUCAAAAUUUGUAAGGAACAAAAUGAAUACUCAGUAUCAUUUGAGGAUUUUUUUUUUGAAAAUUGCAAAUUAAAAAAUCUGUAAACAUGAAAAUUCUGUGCCAAGUUGUGUUAUUAAAC